ACUUCAUAAUUUUGACAUUUUCAUUCAUACAACGUAUUUCAGGUUGACAAUAUAUUCCACUAUGUGACAACACUGUAAAUUAAAUCACAUGUAGUAUUCAUUUGAGAUGUUUGUAGUUUAGAAUAGUUUAAAAGAGCGGCAAAAAUCUCUCAUAUCAUAAUAAGAGUGUUACGCACAAAAUUUCCAAUUAACAUGAUAUUUUUAUACUUUUUCGUCAUUUAGCAGUCAAUUUUUUUUAAAUAAAAAUAGUUUCUUUUCCAAAUCCUAUUACUAACAGUAGACAACUAAAAACAAUUUCUUAUUUUUUAUGUGUUGAAAACGUUUGUUACAAAGUGAGUAGCUAAAAUAUUCUUAUUCUUUUUGAAAAAUAAUACUUACAUGUUUUUACUUUUUUAAUAAUUAUCAAAAAACGCCAUUUCAAUUGGAUAAUAGUGAUAGAAAUUCAUUGAGUAUGGAUCGUUCUGAACUAGAGACUGAAUUUGAAGAUAUGGGUUUAUCUAUACCUGCUACUAUAAUUGAUGAAUGUGUAAUAAUAUGUAUCACACAUAAAAUUUCAGCAUCAGACUUGGUUGGAUCAUGGGUAGCAUAUUGUGCUUCAUCACAAUUAGAUGCUAAUGAUUUAAAUAAAGAAAAAUUAAGCACACUAAUUAAGACUUUUAAAAUUGCUGAUGAACAUAAAUUAAAUGAAAAAAAAUAUGAUGGAAGAAAAUCUAUUGAUGUAAAACCAAAUUUAAAUGAACUGUCUAGAAUUCAAUCUAAUAGUCCUGUUACAAAAAAAAAUUUACCAGGAACAGACUUCAUAAAAAUUGAAAACGAGUUCAGUGUUUCUAAUAUCAUUGACGGUACUGAAAUUAAACAAGAAUAUUUGCAUUCUUCUUCGGGCGAUAUUGUGUGCGAUUAUGGACGGGGAAAUAUGGAUACAAAUGCCCCAGCUAUAGCUGUUACAUCUUUUCAAAUUUUUAACCAAGAAUCAUGGAAACAUUUUAUCUUUGGCAAAGUAAAUUAUAGCCGAUUUGAUGACUAUGUUCAAGAGUUAGUAAAUGAUAUAGUACAAAAAAAUAAACUACCUGGUGUAACACCUUUAUCAGAAAUGUAUUAUGCUGCUGAUGAUACUGAAAUAACUAUUUCUGGCAGUUUGAAGUUAAUGAAAAAAGAAAUGUUUUUAAGUUCAUCAUAUGGUUAUGUAAAAUUAGACUUUUCAGAAGCAGGGCAUGUACAACCACUAUUUAUGAAUCAAAUAGCUGUUGUCACUGGAACGAAUCCUGACACAAAGGCUUUUAAAGUUAAAAAAAUAUUCACUAAUGCCAUGUUACCAUUGCCAACAGAAAUACCAAAUAUUUCUCGAGGUAAUCUAAACAUGAUAAUUGCUGCAGGACCAUUCUUCAGUGAAUCAUCACCUCAUGGUACAUUUUUGAAAAGUUUAGUACAGAAAGCUAUUGAAUUUCGUGUGGCUGUUCUUAUAUUGCUUGGACCAUUAUUUGAAACAGAUUUUGGAAUUCAGUUGAACAAAGCGGGAUCAGAUAGUCUGCAAAAGUGUUAUGAUGAUAUACUAGAAGCUAUUCUAUCACCACUUUUUAGUCAUUCAGAAAUUGGUUACACCAAAGUUAUUGUAUUAAGUUCAUGGAAAGAUGUUGGAAGUUAUGCUUUCUAUCCUACACCACCUAAUAUGGAGUCUCGUUUACUUACAUUGUUUCCAAAGAAUUUUUUUGUGGCAUCUGAUCCAUCAGUGUUUGAGAUUAACAAUGUUAUUAUAGCAGCUAAUACUAGUGAUACUCUUAUGGAUUUACACGUUUCCUCUAUUAAUCAAUCACCAGAUGAAUUGUGUGCAAAAUUGUCAAAACACAUUGUAUGGCAACGUUCUUUACAUCCAUCAUACACUGCUAGUCCUACUGUACCCAUUGACCAAUCAUUAUGGCUGGAACAUUGUUCAUUGAAGAAAAAUACUCCACACAUUGUUGUGACAUGCUCACAGCUUCGAACUUUCAUAAGAGCUGUUGAAGGAUGUUUAGUUAUAAAUACAGGCCAGUUAGUUAAACACAAUUCUCAAAAACAAGACAUAACUGGAACAUACAGUAAAAUUCAAUUAUGUCCACCAAAAGAUAAUCAAUGGUCACCUGAAACUAAUGUUUCUGUCGAAAUAAUUCAUAUUUAAGUAAUUUAAUAUUUUACGCCGUCAACCACCAAUUGUUUUAUAAUUUAUCUAUUUUUUGUCUGUGAAUAUUUGAACUAUUUUUAUUAUUUAUGAUUCAUCUGUGUUCAUAAAUAUUAUCAAUAUAAUUCUAUUAUAUAUAUGUAUGUAUAUAAUUUGUAAGUUUUAUUUUUGUAAUUUAUAAAACCCAGAAACUGUUUCAUUUUAGUUAAAAAUUAUACUUUUAAUGAGACAAAAACCUAAACAUUGCUAAAAUUUCGUUGAAACUCCUUUUUUAAAAGAAUUUUUAGAGAUGUUUUAAACAUUUAUAGCUUUAGGCUAGAAAAAAAUGUAUUUAAACAAAUAAAACAAUAUAAAUAUUUUU